UUUCUUUUUUGUUGUUUGGCUGUGAAAACGGAACAGAAGGAUACGACCUCUAGUCGAGUCCGAUACCGCACAAAGCGUCUCUACAACAGAACCGAAUCAUGUCUGGACUCGUUAAGGCUGCCGCGGCCCGUGUGGCCCCUGCAAUGCGGACCGGCAUCAUCACCCAGCGGGCCUCCCUCUACACCCGGCCCGCUAAGGAGAAGCUCGGCACCGCCGAAACUGCCAUCGGACUGGGCAUGUUCUCCUUGGCCAUCCUGGGACCAUCUGGAUGGAUUCUAGCCCACUUGGAGGAAUACAAGAAGAAAGAAUGAGGACAUUUGAUUGGUGCAUACAACUCCUCAAUGAGUUUCCUGGGACCAUGAGCAGAUACCUGAGUGAGAGGGCGCAGUCUGAACCUUCUCUCUACUCCUACCUCAACGGCAGUUACAUUCUUCAUGUUCCAUUUGAAUACCGUUGACUUGUUAUUUGACAUGUGCCCUUAUAAGGGCAUUCUAACAAUGUUAAUAAAUCAUAUUUAAAUACUGAAAUCAA